AUGUCUGCUCCUGCUGCUUUCUCCGACAUCUCCAAGGCGGCCAACGACCUUCUUAACAAGGACUUCUACCACGUUAGCCCUGCUAGCCUCGAGGUUAAGUCUAAGGCUCCUAAUGGCGUCACCUUCAAUGUGAAGGGCAAGUCUGCCCAUGAGGGUCCUAUUGCUGGCUCCCUCGAGGCCAAAUAUGUCGACAAGCCUACCGGUAAACGCCCCAGCAUACAAAAGCCUCCCGAUCCAAAUUGUGACCGUCUGGGCGAGCCUAGACCCAUGAGAUUCCUUUUUUCAUGUGGUCACUCGAUUUCCAGAUCGGUCAAGUUGAAUUUCAUGUCUCAGUUUACUCACCAUCGCAUGAUGCUAAUGCUUUUACCUCGGCCAGGUCUCACACUUACCCAGGCUUGGACCACCGCCAACGCCCUCGACACCAAGCUUGAGCUCGACAACAACGUCGCCAAGGGUCUCAAGGCUGAGAUCCUCACCCAGUACCUCCCCACCAAGCAGUCCAAGGGUGCCAAGCUCAACCUCUACUUCCAGCAGCCCAACCUGCACGCUCGUGCUUUCUUCGACCUCCUCAGCGGCCCCACCGCCAACUUCGAUGCUGUUCUUGGCCACGAGGGUUUCGUCGUCGGUGCUGAGGGUGGCUACGACGUCCAGAAGGCUGCCAUCACCAAGUACUCCGCUGCCAUUGGCUACAGCGUUCCUCAGUACACUGCCGCCAUCACCGCCGGUAACAACUUGAGCGUUUUCUCCGCCAGCUAUUACCACCGUGUCAACGCUCAGGUUGAGGCUGGUGCUAAGGCUACCUGGGACUCUAAGGCUGGUAACUCCGUCGGCCUUGAGGUUGCCAGCAAGUACCGCUUGGAUCCCUCUUCUUUCGCCAAGGCCAAGAUCAACGACCGUGGUAUUGCCGCCCUGGCUUACAACGUUCUCCUCCGCCCUGGUGUCACCCUCGGCCUUGGUGCUUCCUUUGAUACCCAGAACCUGAACCAGGCUGCCCACAAGGUUGGCGCCAACUUCACCUUCGAGUCCUAA